AACAGCUAUAAUGCAAUAUUAUUUUUAUUGUAUUUCAAUUCACUAACGAGUUUCAUAUUACUCGUUUUAUAUUAAUCAUAUAAAAAAUCAAAAUAAUUUAUUAGACAACGGGAACUAUAAGAUUUAUUCCUGUAAGAAAAAAGACGCAGGAUAAAGACAACUGUCAAAAAUGUCAUAAUACAUAAUCUUGAUUUCAUGCGCGGUUUUUAAAAAGAAGAUGGCAGCAGUACAGCAUGUGAAUGAUUAUGACCACCCCGUCGAACAUUCGAAGAAACCGUGAAUCUUUGAAUUCCUCGAGUGGUCAUUAGGACAAAAGUAUACCUGUGUCUACGAUCCUUCCUAGACCUGUUACUUUGGAACAAUGCCUAUCCGACAAGUGUUUUCAUAUCUGAUUGACCCAUCUUCGAAUGGAACUUGGACAAACGGCUAAUUUUUCUUCGAGCUAACGAUCUUCGUAUACCUGAUGUAUCCUUUUCUCCCUGUCUUUCCAUUUUAUCUAUUUAAUUUUGUCUCUUUUCCACUUUUGAGAAAACAUCCAGAGUCACGCGACAUUCAUGCGAACCAAUCUUAUAUCAUAUUUACAUCUUUUUUUCGUAGCAUUUUAUAAUAUUUAAUUUCAUAGCAUUCGUUCCCUAACCUAAUCUAACCUAACUAAUUGUAUUCUGAUAAUGUAGAAAGAUGUAGAAAUCAAUUUCAACGUUGAAUUUUCUUCUUUCUAAUGCAUCUCUCCUACGUGAGCGUUGAUGUCUCUCUUAUCAAAGUAUAUAGUUUUGAUAUCAUGUUUUUUUAAAUUUUAUUAUUUUUUUAAUUUUAUUAUUGAAAAAAUUGAUUUUAUCAUUUUGAAAGAGAGAUGUACUUUUUUGAAAAAAAAUAUAUAUAUAUUUUCUUAAUUCUUUAAGAUUCAAUGUUGUAAUAUUUACAUUUGAUGAAACUGUUGAAAACUUACUUACUCUCUCCGAUUUUUAAAUAUAUUUUAUAAAUAAUAUUUUAAUUAACUUUCUCUUAUAUAGAUAUGUAUUAUGUUUCAUAAUAUUUAGUAAUAUUUUUUCCAUUAUCUUUUCUAAGUUAAAGUCUUUUCAAUUAAAAUUAACAAUGUUAUGAAAUUCUAAAAGUUUCCAAAUUAUAAUGAAUUUUAUUAAAUUGUAAAAAUAUUUGCUUCUAUUUUAUAUGAUGGAAUAUUUAUUUAAUCUUCAAAUAGGAUAGAUAUAUAGCCUAGAUAUUUUGAUUUCAAAUUAAAAUAAAUUUUUAUAUAAUUUCUCCGCUUUAUUAUCUCUUAUAUUCAUUUUUAAUGCAAGAUUUAAAAGAAUUUAAGUUUUAGUUAUUUUUUUAUCGAAUUAAAUGAAAAAAAAAUGGAGAACUUGAAUCUUGAAUAACAUCGAAUUAACUAAAUGGUGUUUCUUCUGUGCAAGAAAUAAAGAUAGAAAAUCGCUAACUUGCGCAUAAUGUAAUCAAUAUAUAUAUAUGCAGAAUAUUCUAAUAAUAUAACUCUUUUAAAUUUAUAGUCGUAGCAUGAUGUAAUAUAUUUAUUCUCUUAUCUAAUCUUAUCGUUCUUACAUAUAUGUUUAAUAACAAUUAUAGUAAAAAGAACAUCGAAAUAGAAUUAUAUUCCACUCGAUAUUUAAUGAUCCAUUAUAUUAAGUAAAAUGUUUUAAAACGUUCUAUGUCUACAAACAUAUAACUAAAAACAUUCUAAGAAUUUAUAUUCCUAUAUAUAUCCUAUACAUGUUGAUAAAUGACAAUAAUUAUGUUUAUUCUUAUAUAUAUAUAUAUAUUGAUAAAUAAUAAUCAUAUAUAGAUAAUUAUUCAUAGAUUAUAUCAAUAGAUAUGUAAAAAUUAUUUCAUUAUUUGAUCUUAAUGGAUUAAUAACGCAAGCUCUAUCGAAGAUGAAAUACAAUUUCACGAGUGUCUUUUUUUGCCGAAAACUAGAUUAAAAAUCCCAAAGUGCGAAAAAUUCUCAGUAUACAUGGAGGUAUGACGGAAGCAGCUAAAUACUUAAACGCUCGAAACGCAAGCUUAAAUGCCGUUGAUUGCAGUAGGAGGGAAAUGAGAGGUUGCACGACGGACUCAUAUCUCUCGUAAUAGUGAUCGUUCUUAAAGACAACCAGAUAACGAGUCCUUCCAUGAAUCGGUCAAUAAAUUAAUAAUCAUUUUUUGAUUCAAUCGAAACAUACAUAGUUCCAAAUCGAAUAUUCAUUUGUAUUAACGUUAAUUUUUUCCACUAUCACGACAUUUCUUCUAUUGACUUGAAUCUUUUUUCCCUUGUUGAAUGAAAUUUGCACUUCUUUUUUUCGGAAAUCUAAUUUAACAUUUGCGUUAAUAUUCAAGCAUUUAAAAUUUAUUAUUUUUUCCACUAAGACUUUAAGACUUUAAGAAAUUUAUUAUUUUCGCAUUAAAAUUUUUAGAAUCGAUGUUAUUUGGCAUAUUUGACACAUCGAACUUGCUUCGAAAUUAAAAUUUAAUUAUCAAAAGAUUAAUUUAAAAAUUACUAUAAAAUUUUAUUAUUAGAUAACUAGAAAGUAAAUCAGAAAUUAGAAAUUUAAUAUAAAAAAUUUUGAGUAUAGGUAUUAUUGAAUUAUCAAAUUUUUUUUAUUUUACACAAACAAUAUUCAUGUAAAGAAAUUAAUACAGAAUUAAAAAAAAGAAAUAAAAAAUUACUUGAAAAUAUUAAUUUUAUCAAUUUCUCUUUAAAAAUGAUAUAUUUUAUUUAUUUUUCCUCUAAAAAAAGUUAAAAAUCGUUACAAUUAAACGAUAUAGAAUUCGAUUUAUGAAUGAAAGCAAUAAGAUAGCAAUAAUAAUAAAACGAGAAAUGAUAGAAAAGAAAAAUUUCGAAGAUUUUAAAAAUUUUAAAGAUAAAGUAAAUUAUUGACAAUUGGUUGGUUUGUAAAUGAUUUAGUUUAUCUUUAUAGAAUCAGAAACAGAAGAUAAAAAGUUGCACUUUCUAUGAGGAAUUGCUUUCAUUAAGGAGACUGAAAGACCCGGAUCGAUUUUCAUUCAUUUUCUCCAUGCUCGGACACUUUUUAGAGACAUAGUUUCUGAGUUUACUGAUAAUUAUCGACAGUGACAAAUAACGACUACACUUCCGUUUAUCGAUGUUACAAUAAAAACUUUCGCAAUAAAGAAUGAUCGCAAAAAACACUAAAGUUUAUUCGUUAUAAAUUCAAGAUUAGUCGCGAAUAUAUUAUAUCUGCAAAAAAUUUCAAUUUCAUAUUUGUUUUUGACAACCUUAAAAAAUGCCAACCAAACAAAGCUUAAAACUCCAACAUUUGAAAGAAUAUAUGGUACAUUGAAUUUGUGAAAUUACUCGCUUCACCGAGUCUAAGAAAGAUAUCCUCGAAUGGUAUCAUAUAUCCGCAAGAAGUAGCCGAGCACAUAACGAAUAAAUACUGAAAAAAGUAGGAGAUCGUCAGGAGGAAGAAGGAAGAUAAAAGAAAGUAGAGGGGAAGAAGAGAAGAGAAAGAGAGGACUAAGAGCGAGAAAGAAAAGAUAGAGAGAAGCAAUGGAACAGGUAAAACAAAAAGUGAGGAAAAAAUUGAAAACCAGUCUCUCAGUCAGGAAGGUAGUUCUUCGGAGUCUAGCAGACUGCGGACUCGCUCUCUUCUCCUUUUCCACCACCAUCGCUAUCAGCAACCACCACCACCACUGUGUUCGGCAACGACUUUACGAACACGAUGACGAGUUGGAGAAGAACGCUUAUCGUGGCAAUCAUUGGAAUCUUAUUUCUGGCUGCAAUCAUUAAAUAUUCUAAAGCCUGCAACGAAGCGAUCUGUGCUAGUGUCGUGAGUAAAUGUAUGCUCACGCAAAGUUGCAAAUGCGAUCUCGUUACCUGUACCUGUUGCAAGGAAUGCUUCUCUUGUCUUAGUUAUCUUUAUGAUGAAUGUUGUUCGUGCGUAGAUCUGUGCCCGAAACCAAAUAUUACAGAUAAUCCGUUGAGCAAGAAAUCUCAUGUGGAAGAUUUUACCGAUCCGAUGCCAGGUCUGUUUCAAGCGUUAACCGCAGAACCGGAUCCGCAUGAACGUUGGCUUACAUUCACGUUUCCAGUGGAUUUUGAUAUGUCUUUAUUUACACCAAAACAUGAAAAUAAAUAUACUAUGAAAACUUCCAACGAAGAAGUGCACCCAUUGAAACCAAACGUAAUGACGGUUAACUGCACCGUUGCAUUUAUGGCUCAAUGUAACUCCUGGAACAAAUGUCGGGCGUCUUGCCAGAGCAUGGGUGCUAGCAGUUAUAGAUGGUUCCACGAUGGUUGUUGCGAAUGUAUAGGAGACACUUGUAUUAAUUAUGGAAUCAAUGAAUCGAGAUGCAUACAUUGUCCAAUAGACAAAGAAGAAGAUGAUUUGAAAGAUCAGUAUGAUGAUUAUGGUCAAGAUGAAGACGAUUUAACGGAAGAUGACAUCGAUUAAUAAUCAUCGGUUUUCUUUUCGAUCUCGUGUAACAUUUUUUCGUUAGUGGAUUAUAUUGAAGUUGAAGUUGUGUUAGGGUGAGUGCAAUCCCGGUGACGGUUGAUUAUUUCAAGAACUUAAUCGUAAAUAGUGCCGUCAUUUGUUCGUGAUAUUCAUGAAUUCGAUACUAUAUCCAUGUGCAAAGACUGUGGUUUUAUGAUUGAUUGACCAUUUUAUCCAUUUUAAACUUUUUAAAAAUUAUACGAUGAACUUAAUUCCCUUCAAAAGGGAUUCAUUUGUUAGCAAAUAUAAUUUAAAUCAUGAUCAGUGAAGCUGGAAACGAUUGAUUGUCAACGCAUUUAAUGAUAUCGCGUUUAAGUUUAAGUAAAGAAAACAAACAAAUGUAAUGGCGUUUAGAAUUGACUGGUUUUAUAAUAUGACUUUAACGGCAUAGCACGUAUAAGUCAUUAUUCGUUUUUAAAUGUUAAAUAUGUAUGUAUGUAAGUAGUACGUGGUGUCAUAUAUUUUAUUUUUCUGUGCCAUAUGAAUCAAGUUGUACACAUAUUAAUUCAUUUAUAAUCCAUUGACGUGUAUUUGAUGCGUCAAUUAUAUCGUUCAGAUAAAAACCUUUGUCCAAGUUCCUUUAAUUCCUUACCUGUUUUAAAACGAUUUGAUAAAUUUUAUAGACGCCUAUAUUUACAUAAUACAAAAUAAUAACAUAUUUUAGAUGAUCAUAAACGAUUCGUUCAAUUCAUGUGUACAUGUGAAUAAUCAAAUCAUAAAAAAUAUAAUUUAUAUAUCAUUUAA